AUGCCAUCCGAGCUGCGACUUCAACAACGGGAAACAUUUUACCUUCGAGAUGAAGUCGUUGUGAAUAAUAAACUCAACCGUGCGUGGGUUGUCGUCCAUGGGAACGUCUUCGAUAUUACGCCUCUGUUCGAUCAAAAUUCAAACUCACCGAAAAAGAUUCAUCAACUGCUGCUUGCCUUUGCGGGUAAAGAUUUGAGCUCGCAAUUCAAUGAAAAUGGCAGACCAGCUUAUAGAAUUAGUAAGGAUGGCGUCAGGGUUCCUAUGUUUCCGCCGGUCAUGAUUAGAAAUAAAUCUACGGGGCAUUAUUGGUGGAAUGAUAGAAGCCUGAUGAUCGGUAGGAUCACUGCUCAGCAGAGAAAAAUUCGUGUGAUCAACAAUCUUACGUUCCAAAUUCAGGAGAUAACUGUGUGUGAGGAGGACACUGUAGCAGACAUUCAGGAGUGUUUUCUGUGCUUUAAUCAAGAUGCAAAGAAAUACACCUGGAGAUCAAAUAUUGAUAGGGGCGAUGAAGCUGCAGAUUUACGGCUUGAUAAAACGUUAACCGAAAAUGGCAUCGUUUACGAUCGUUACCCGCCUGCGCCAAUCGUUUGGAUUUUCUACCAAAUUCCACUAGGCUGUUCCGGUGAGAGCACCGAAAACGGCAGUAAACAAUAGACCU